CCUAGCCUAGGUUCUGUAGUCGAGCGCAGAGACAACUGAGCGGCGUGUAGCGGAGGCGCUAAACAUGGAGAAAAACAUUGGGUCUCUACAGGAGCAAGCCCUGAAGAGAAAAGAAAGGUUAAAAGCACUAAGGGAAAAACAACUUCACGGACGAGAGCAGGAAGAUGGAGAGCCAGAGCAUAAAAAAGCUGCACUGGAGGAGGAGAGGACGGAGGAGAGACACAAGGAGCUGAAGCUGAGGAACUACAUUCCAGAGGAUGAAGAGCUGAAGGAGAGGCAGGUCCCCAAAGCCAAACCUGCAUCAGUGGAGGAUAAAGUCAAAGACCAGUUAGAGGCAGCCAAUCCUGAACCAAUUAUUGAAGAAGUGGAUUUGGCUAAUCUGGCUCCAAGGAAACCAGACUGGGAUCUGAAGCGGGACGUGGCAAAGAAACUGGAGAAGCUAUCAAGGAGAACACAAAGGGCCAUCGCUGAACUCAUCCGUGAUCGUCUGCGAGGCAGCGAAGAGGAGCUGGCUAGAGCAGUGGGAGCUGUACAAGAAGAUGAGAGGGACUCAGACUGACUUCAACAGAUGGAACAGAAUAAAAGUGGAACAUCACAGGGCAGGGAACAUUUUGUCACAUGGCAUGUCAUGGCAGCAUUGGCCAGUCUUGCCUUUUUAUUUUUGUAUCAUAAAAAUCCAAGGAUACAAUCUGUAUACAUAUUUGUUGCUGUAAUGUUUUGAAAGUAAAUUUGUAUUUUUUUUCCCAAAUGUGGUCCACA